ACCGUAACAUGUCGCUCGGGAUCUCCGCUCCACUCACCACCCCUACGACCACCAGGCUGCAUACCCUUACUUUCUCAUUUAUUAUGACAUGACUGUGCCCAAUCUGCCCCAUCCCCAGGAUCCUGCCUUGCCCGGAGUGCGUACGCCUGUCCUUAACAGCGUCUUUGCAUCGCAGCUCCGACCAAAACGCGACACUCCUCACUCUGCGGCAUAGGUGGCGAUCGUCCGCCCUCCUCCACCUCUCUGAACCGCGGUCAUUCGCCCGAACGAUCUCACAUAGGUACCGUCGUCCCCGCUCGCCUCCCAAUGUCGGACGACGAGUUCUCCGGGACCGGUACCUCCAGCCUCGGCACGUCCGCCAACGCUGCAGAUCGCGACAAGCGCGCGCCCCGGUUCAGCUGGACGCCCGCCUACGAGGCCACCUUCUUCCGGUCCCUCUGCGAGUCGGUCCAGCUCGGCCUGCGCGAGAACCACAGCUUCAAGGUCGAGGCAUGGGACCGCGCGGCGGUUGCGUUGCAGGAGAAGCACAGCGCGUACCCGACGAAGAGUCAUCUCGUCAACAAGUCCGACAAUGCGCGCAAGAAGUUCCGCCUCUGGCGCGGGCUACGGGAGGAUGCUGACUUUCUCUACAACCCGACUUCCAGGACUGUCACUGCGACGGAAGAAGCCUGGAAGGCGCACAUAGAGAAAGAGCCCUUGUCACGAGCCUUACGAGGCCGACCGUUUGAACACGAGGAAUACAUGGAGAUCUUGUACCCAGACGUUAUUGGAUCCGGUGGCGCUCCUAAGCGGAUUAUGAAACCGAAACGGAAGGGGCCAGAUAUGAUCCAGGGCUCGGAGGAGCCAGAAAUGCCCGGGACGGGGAUUCUGGACCUACAAGUCGAUUCGCCCUAUCGUCCGCCCUCGCAACAAGGCAUGCCGCCACCGCCCACACCACCACCACAGCAACGCCAGCGCCAACAACAACAGCAGCAACAGCAACAACAGCACAGCCAGAAACAGCAACAGCAAAAUCAAAGUCAAAAACAACAGCAACAGCGACCAUCAAUAAGCCAUCCCGGUGCCCCCCCCGCCCGCGGCCAGGUGCAUGUACCACAGCAGCAGCAACGUCCAACAUCUACCACCCUCCCACCCCGCACACACAUUCCCGGAACGAGCGCGCUCACUCCGCCCGAAGAAACGGCUACACACGGGCGGAGAAGGUUCCCAGGCGCGCCUACCCCUCAGCAAGCCGUCGCCGGCGACACAGGGAAGACCUCAUCAACCGCCGCGGGCCUCUCCUCUAGCACCAAUAGCAGUACGGGGCAACCCCCCGAAAAGCGUCGCCGGACAACCACUUUCGCGCCAGGGGGCGCAGCGUCCUCGGGUGCUCGUGCGGGCUCCAGCACAACCAGCGGGAACAACGCGGCCAACACCGAAGCGGCGACAGCAUCCGUGGCCAUGGCCGGGAAGCAGCUUUUCGAGGACGGCCUGCUGAGGGUCGCGGAAGCGCUCAAGGCGCGCGCUCCGCCGCGGUGGCCGGAGCAGGCCAUGGACAUUUUCUUUCGGGAUUUCGCCGACGAGGACAUGGACCUCCAGCUUAAGAUUGCGGAGAAGGCGCUCGCGGACGAGAAUAAAGCCAUGGUGUUUUGCAAGAUGCCCCCUGCAUUACGAAGGCACUGGGUGAAGAGGUUGAGAGAGUUGCAUAACAAUCGCGUGGUAUGAUACCCGGGACGUGGGAAAGUUUCAAGCGGACUCGAGAUGCAUUCGCCGUUUAGAGAUUGAGCCGGACUUUGCGUGGGCGGUUAGGUGUUUUUGGAGUCUAGCGUUUGGACGGUCAGUGUGGGGGUUUGUCUUCUUCAACAGGUCUUUUUUGUUUGUUUGCAGAAAGGGUGGCAAGGCCAACGGGGGUUAGGUUUCAUCACGCAUACCAUCGCUGCAUGAAUUCACGAAGUUACUUCUCUGAAAAAUCCCACUCAAGGCGAUUUGUGAUCCGACGAUGCCGACUACCUUGCUGAAACUGGGUUGCUCGAGUCGCGGCAAUGCCAAGAGGAUAACGCCGGCUGGCUGAGAGCGGAACGCAUGUGUAACAUUAAGUAGACCUAUGGCCGCAAGUGGAAGUGCAACCCUAAAUAAACCCGUAAAAACAGG